AUGUCGUUUCGGUCUCUCGUGUUCCCGUCUUCUCCUUCCUUAUCUGCUAACCUGAAGCCUUUCAAUGGCUACGGAAGGCUCUACCGUUAUCUCGUGCGAGCUUCUUCCGAUGUUCCCGAUUUCCUCUCUGCGGACUGGUUGGAGAGUCGUAGGAAACGUCCUUUUGGCCCCAGGCUUGAUUUUAGUGCGGAAGAUGCUGUUAGACAUCAGCUUGAUGCAUUGAAGUAUAAUGACCAUCCUCGUUAUGAUUAUGGCAUCGAGGUCAUGUAUCGGUUUGCUGGAUUCGACCCGUUUGAGAGAUCAACCUAUUUCGGUCCAUUCUUUGAUCUAGGACAGUUUGAAAGGUUUAGGCGUAUAUUUCAUCACUCGUCUUACCGUGUGUUGCUUGGUCAUAAGGACAGACAAAUCCUAAGCAGUUUGUUUGUGGAGGAGAAUCGUUUCAAGCAGAGGAUAUGGAUUCAAGGAAACAGACCUGAGGAAGAAGAGAUAUUUGAAUUCACAAUGUUCCAGCGUAUAGGCGGUUCAUGGGAUGGUUACUGGUUAACAGAGAGCUUGCUUCAUGACGGAGAUGUGUUUUCAGGAGGGAUUAUCGACUUGUUCGGUUUGGUUCGAUCAUGUGUAAAUGUUGGUACAUAG